UGGAGUAGAGUCCAAGAACCCAAAAAGAGCAGAUGUCAUCUAUUCGACACAUAACCUCAUUUAAUUCCUAUAAACUAAAAUAAUUUUAAUUUAUACAAUAUUUAAAUAAAUAAUGGCACUUUUAGUAGGGUGGCGAUAUGUAGCUUUAAUUAGUGGUCUUGUAGGAACUAUAGGUCUAGCAAUAUAUCCAAUUAUAAUUGAUCCCAUGACCAAUCCUGAUAAAUAUAAAAAAAUCCAAGAGAAUGCAAGGCAGGGAAUACGACAAGAAGACAUUCAACCGGGCAAUAUGAAAGUGUGGAGUGAUCCAUUUGACAGAAAAAAAUCUAGUCAAUAAUAAAUAGUGCUUUUCGAUUGUAUAUAGUCUAGUUGUAUUAUUAAAAAUAAUAUAUAUUUAUUUUUAAGCAAUUCUGGUUUUAUAUACUAUAUUUGGACAUUUACAAAACAGUGAUUACAAUGGGUGUUCACUAUAAUGAAUCUUGUCCAUCAUGGGUGAAUCUGUAUUUUUUGAAUAUUAUGUAAUGAGAACCAACUGAAAGAAAAAAUAUAUAAGUAUAUUCAA